AUGUCGAAUGACGUUUCAAAGAAGAAGGGCAAGAGUUCCGGUGAGAAAAAGUCGAAGAAAAGAGUCAAACGUAAAGAGACGUACGCCAUGUACAUCUAUAAAGUUUUGAAACAGGUUCAUCCGGACACUGGCAUCUCCAGCCGGGCCAUGAGCAUCAUGAACUCUUUCGUCAACGACCUGUUCGAGAGGAUCGCCACCGAAGCGUCGCGCUUGGCGCAGUACAACAAGCGCGCCACCAUCACCAGCCGCGAGGUGCAGACCGCCGUCAGGCUGCUGCUGCCCGGCGAGCUGGCCAAGCACGCGGUGUCCGAGGGCACCAAAGCGGUCACCAAGUACACCAGUUGCAAGUGA